AUGACCUUCACAAGACUUCUGUACUUCCGGGUGUUUCCCGACCCUGGAUAUCCCCGAUCAAUGCCGCCUUACAGUAUUCGACUAAAAGAGCUAGGCCUCAGAAGUCUUCUCUACAGACGCAUCUUUGCGGAUCUUGUGAUGGCUUUCAAGAUACUCAAAGACGCACUUUUGCUCAACACCUUGUUCUGUUCACAGCUUGUUACAUUUUUACGUUGGAAUCUCGGUCCAUUACCGGAGCCUGAAAAGCUGGAUUACGGAUUCAAGCAAAAGAUGAAACACAAUCUUGCGAGCGAAAGGGUUGCCACCCACCGGACGACCCCGAAAGACAACAUCAUCUCUAUUGAUAAAGAAGACUAUCUUCACUGCAAUAAGCAGCAAGAUGACAGUCAAGGAGAAGAAACUGAACUCUCAAGUAAGAAGGCGCAAAUGAAGAGCUCAGGUGUUGACCCUCACGCAAAUGAGAGCGAUUUGCAGCACAAGCAAUAUUAA